AUGGCUCCUCGACGCUGUCCAGUCUGUCAUACGCGUGAAUGGCGCAAAGAACCUGGUUCUGGCUUGCUAGUCUGUGAUCUUGGCCACGUACUACGGGACUACAUCGUCGAAGUGAACGACGCUGAAGCCACCGCCCACACAAUGCGCAAGCGCACAAUGAAGUCUAAACGCGCGAAGAAAGAGAGAGUCAGCCGUGCUAAUCCAUUGAUAUAUCAUGGUCCUCGUGCUCGCUUUCAUCUAUAUCAGUGCAUGCAACUUCUCCUUCGCAAGCAAAUUUCGAUCCUGACGGAGCUCUGGGAACUACCGCCAGAAUUCGAGAUCAUCUGUAGGGAUAUCUGGACCCUCCAUAUAGAUCUGCUACCGUUUAAUCCACCCCCGGAACCCAUCUUGCAUCUGGAAGACCUUGCCGGUGGGCCUUUAGACCGGUCGCGGUCACAGACACGAGACUCGGCUCGUGUCGACGACGAGACAUGGAAGGCGGACAGUGAUAAGGAGGACAGUGGCGGAGAGGAUCAGCUCAAAGCCCGCUCCGCAAAGGCCACCAGCGAUAGCGAUGUUUCAUCCGAAGACGAGGCUCAUGAUUGGCGCAAGAGGUCUGCAUCUCCCAUCGCCGAGCUUGAAGCGGCACUGGCGGAGCUGUCUGAACGCUCGUCAUCAUCAUCUGGCUCUGAAGAAAACUUCUUUGGGCCUACCUCUGCGCCAAUUGCACACGAGAAGAAGCACAAGCAUACGUCCCUCGGUGCAGGCGAAGGGCCCUUGGGCACACUGGUCGUCUUGGUACUCGCGUGCUGGUUUCUUCGCCUCCCAGUCAUGUAUAAAGACAUCAUCAGCCUCGUCGAACGGUUCAAGGUCCCGUGGCUGGAAUGCUUGCGCGAGAUUCCGAUGUCUAUGCGAAGACACCUAAGCAAGUGGGCCAUUUCUGCGCUCACGCCUGUUCACCCGCCGACAGUGCACAAGUUACACAAGUACGCCGGCCGUCUAGAGAGAGCGCUCAAUGCACGGUACGGCAUCGUCCUACCCGAAGUCAAUGCCGAUCCAUUGCUGUGGCGCUCCGUAUGUGCGCUGGGUGGCACGCCAGUGCUUUAUGAACUCACAAAGCGCACGGCGCGUAUGCUCAAUCUCCCCUUACGACUAGACGCACGCAGCGCACCAGGACCGGCCGACGCGCCUAAAGCUUUUCUGCGUGACACCGUCGCUCCCGAGCUCGCCUUACUGGGUGCCACCGUUGUCACCUUACAGCUCGUCUACGGCUUCGAUGGCCAAGACCGGACUACGAGCGGGGAUGAUCCCGCCGUGGCGUUACCGUUCAAAGCGGACUUGUUAAGCUCGAUCCGCACCGCGUUCGACGAUGCCGAGCAUAAACAGCUGACCGAGCGCGGACUGGACAUCGAUGCGGACGAUGGUGCGGCGCUGGACGCGUAUGUUUCUUUUUGCGCGCGAGCGUUCGUGGGAGAAGGUGCGGAGACGAAAGGAAGUCACCUCGUCGAGGCGUACUUCCCACUGGAACCGUGUCCCGCCACAGAGCCGGCGUGGACGGAUUUUACCCCUGAAUGGCCCGAAGGCGGGUUGUCGGCGACACCAGUGACGGAGGACAGCGGUGAUGGGCAACAUGUGGUCGCAGGCGGCGGGCGCCGUGAUGUGGUUAUUUAUACGGCUGCAGACGUGCUGGGGGACGUCGGCGAGGAGUAUGGGCUUAUUGUGCGGCGGGCAGCGCAGUGGGGCGGUAUGAAGGAAGGAGAUGUACAUGAGAUUGUAGAGACGUAUCUACGGCGGCUGGUGCGGCUGAGGGAACGAUCGAAGCGGCAAAAGUAA